AUGAACUUCGAGAUUCCCCAAGAGGUCCAGGACUACCUCAAGCGGCUGGAUGCCUUUAUAGCCGAAAAGAUCCUUCCUCUCCAGGAAGAGAACAUCAAGUUCUUCGACCAUCGCAGAGAAGCAUCUCGUACCGAUUGGAACAACGGCGGACUGCCCUCGCCGGAAUGGGAAGCACUCCUCAAAAGGUCACAAGCGCUGGCAGAGGAGGCUGGCUUUUAUCGCUUUGCCUUUCCAAAAGAAUACGGCGGGCACGGAAGUCCUCAUCAGAACCUGUACAUGUGCGCGAUCCGCUACCACCUCACCUCGAACUAUGGCGGCGGCCUGAGCUUAGCCAACGACCUACAGAGCGAACAUAGCAUGGUUGCAAAUGACCCAGUGACCAUCAUGCUGCACCAUUAUGGGAGCCCCGAGCAGCGGAGGGAUUUGAUCCCCGCCGUGGCCCGAGGAGAAUUCAGGGCCACCUUUGGCCUCACUGAGAUCGAUCACGGCUCCGAUGCGACAUUCCUCGACACCACGGCUAAAAAGGUUGACCUCGCAGAUGGUUCUGUAGGAUAUGAAAUUAACGGAAACAAAAAAUGGCAGACAGGAGCCCACCACGCCACCCAUUGUAUCGUCUUUGCUCGAACGUCCGGAAAUGCGGGAUCCCCUCGAGGUAUCACGGCUUUUCUGGUGCCCGUGAAAACCGACGGGGUCGUUGUGGACUCGUACCAAUGGACUCUGAAUAUGCCAACGGACCAUGCGACCAUAUUCUUCCGCGGGGUUCUGGUUCCCGAGACAGCUGUUCUCGGACCGGUGGACGACGGGUUGAUUAUCGCACAGACCUUCACGGGCGAGAACCGUAUCCGGCAGGCGAGCUCGAGCUGUGGCGCGGCCUCAUACUGCGUCCAAAGGAGCAUCGAAUACGCCAAAAAGAGAACCGUCUUUGGGAAGCCUCUAUCUUCUAACCAGAUGAUCCAGUGGCCGCUGGUUGAGCUCGCCACGCAGGUGGAAAUGCUCCGGCUAUUGAUCCUUCGGACCGCCACCGAGAUGGACCAACUUACACUUCGGUGCAAAGACUCAGGAGAGAAGCCUUGGUCUGUCAUUGAGCGCGAACUCGGAUACAAGAUCAGCAUGUGCAACUACUAUGCCAAUCGUCUCUGCACGGAGGCGGCGGACCGUGCGAUCCAGAUCCACGGAGGCAAUGGCUAUUCACGGCACUAUCCGUUCGAGCACCUCUGGCGGCAUUUUCGUCGUUAUCGGAUCACGGAAGGGAGCGAGGAGAUUCAAAUGAGGAGGAUCGCAGGCACGCUCUUCGGGUUUAAGGAUGCUGGUCGACCGAAGGAUAUCAAACUGUAA